AUGACACCGCAAUACCCACUAACCACACCGCAGCUGCCGGCUCCGGCAGCAGCCAAGCACCAUCCUCGCCCCCUCGACGACGCAAUCGAGCACUACAUCGGCGACAUCAACUGGACCCAAAUUUUCCAUUUUGCCCUUGUCUCGUUUGCAUGGUUUUUCGAUGCGCAACAAAAUUUCAUCACCAUCUUCACCGAUACCUUCCCCAAAUGGAGUUGCACAAAACCAUGCCACGCCGAAACCAACUUGUGCCGCUUGCCCGAGACCUCGUGGUCGUGGGAUUCCCCUGCGCAUACAUCCACCAUAUCACAGUGGUCCCUACAAUGCGCGAGCCCAAUCCUCCGUGGCCUACCCACCUCGUCCUUCUACUUGGGUUGUCUCAUAGGCGGGUUGGGCCUGGCCACGUUGGCUGACUCAAGGUUGGGUCGGAAGAACAUGCUUGUCCUGUCCUGCCUCGUCAUGUCCAUAUUCGGGUGUCUAUCAGCAGUUUCCGAGAACAUAUGGAUGUAUGUUGGGUUGAGGUUUGCGAGCGGGCUCGGGCGGGCCCCGAUUGGGACGUGCGCAUUUGUCCUCGGGAGCGAGCUCGUCGGGCAAAAAUGGAGAGGAAAGGUCGGGAUAUUUGGCUUCUUGUGCUACGCCCUAGGGUUUCUAUCCUUACCGAUCAUGGCUUAUUGUCUUCGAGGGUUGUCGUGGAGGUUCAUGUACCUUUGCACUUGCAGUCCAUGCAUUUGUUACUCUGUUUUGGUCUACUUGUCGGCCCACGAGUCCCCAAGAUGGCUUUUCGUAAAGGGGAGGAAACGAGAGUUUGCAGAAACCCUAAAGAGCCUCGCACGCUCGGCGAAGGAUUUGUCUGUGGAUUGUUUGGAGUGGACGGAAGAAUCGCACAAGCCGUAUCGCUUUUACUCGGCAGUGAAGAUAUUGUUCGAGAAGAAGUGGGCCAUUCAUCGUUUGUUAAUAAGCACGGUGGCAGGCUUUGGGAUCGGGCUAGCAUACUACGGGAUGCCGUUAGGCCUCGGGAGUUUACCCGUCAAUCUAUACUUGAGUGUAGGGAUGAACGCGCUUUCCGGCCUUCUUUCGUCUGCAGCCCUACUUCCCGUGAUUGGGAGGAUGAGGAGGAAGGUGUUAAUGGUAGGUUUGUGCGUGCUAAGUGGGGUUUGCAACGUGGUCGGGGUGGUUUUGGUGGGGCCUGACGGGUGGUUGAAGAUGGGAUUAGAGUUGCUUUCGUUUUUCGGGGCGGGUAUGGCCUUUGACGUGAUCUUUGUCUACGUGCUCGAGCUUUUUCCGACGUGCGUGAGGAACUCGGCCGUGUCAGUGGUGAGGGAAGCCCUUUUGCUCGGCGGGUUUCUAGGGCCAUUGGUGGUAGCGGCUAACAGGGAGAAGGGGUUCGUGUCAUACGGCGUGUUUGGUGUGACGAUUUUGGUGUGCGGGUUGUUUGUGGUUUGGCUGCCAGAGACUAAAGGGAGGGUGUUGUAUGAUACUAUGGAGGAGGAGGAGGAAGAGACUGGUUUUCCUUAA